UUUUCUCUUCUUGUCUAUAUAAACGUAUCCGGUGCAUAGAUUCAGCCACGAAGAAGAGAAUCAUCUACUAAAUCAAUGGCUACUUUUCGUAUAGGUUCAGCUCUUAUUUACCAAAAUAUCACCCACCAUAUUCGUCUUCGACGUCCUCACCGUUUCGUAUGCAAGUCCAUGACCAAAACGACGCCGGAUUCUACUUCUGCUGACCUCCGUCGACGCUCCGGCAACUAUCAACCUUCACCAUGGGACCAUUGUUAUCUCCUCUCCAUCGAGAAUAAAUAUGCGAGUGAAAAAGAAGUAAUAACUAGAGAUGUGUUGAAAAAAAAAGUGAGGAUGAUGCUUGAUGUUGAGAAGAAGAGCCGUCUCGAGCAAUUAGAGCUCAUCGAUGAUUUGCAAAAACUUGGGGUUUCGUAUCAUUUUGAGCUACAAAUAAAUGAUACUUUGACAGAUUUUCAUCUAAAAAAUGGAAGAAAUGUCUGGAAAUGUGACAAGGAAGAAGAUUUACAUGCAACCGCACUCGAAUUUCGACUUCUUAGACAACAUGGUUUUGAUGUCUCAGAAAAUAUAUUUGAUGUGAUCAUAGACAAGAUAGAAAGUAAUACGUUCAAGAGCAACGGUAUAAAAGGUAUCAUUUCUUUGUACGAAGCGUCAUUUCUCUCCACGAAAUCGGAUACUAAAUUGCACAAAGUCAUCAGACCUUUUGCAACAGAGCAAAUAAGAAAAUUUGUUGAUGAUGAAACUAACAACAUUGAGGAACGCGAAAAGGCGAUUCAUGCGUUAGAAAUGCCGUACCAUUGGAGAAUGAGAAGGCUAGAGAUGAGAUGGUGCAUAGAUUCAUACAAGAAGAAACAAGACAUGAAUCUUGUCUUGAUCGAGUUCGCCAAAAUUGAUUUCAAUAUCGUACAAGCUGCUCAUCAAGAAGAUCUCAAAUACGUUUCAAGCUGGUGGAAGGAUACAAGUUUGGCUAACCAACUUCCCUUUGUAAGAGAUAGAAUAGUCGAGAACUAUUUUUGGACCGUUGGAUUAAUAUACGAACCACAAUUUGGAUAUAUCCGACGGAUCAUGACUAUAGUUAAUGCACUUGUUACAACCAUUGACGACAUCUACGAUAUCUAUGGCACUAUUGAAGAACUAGAACUCUUCACUUCCAUGGUUGAAAAUUGGGAUGUAAAUCGUCUGGGUGAGCUUCCCGAGUAUAUGAGGUUGUGUUUUCUGAUUUUAUACAAUGAAAUCAAUGGCAUUGGGUGUCAUGUCCUCAAAUGUAAAAAGAUUGACGUCAUCCCUUUCCUCAAGAAAUCGUGGGCAGAUUUAUGUAGAACAUAUCUAGUGGAAGCAAAGUGGUACAAAAGAGGAUACAAACCAAGCUUGGAAGAAUACAUGCAAAAUGCUUGGAUUUCAAUUUCUGCUCCAACAGUAUUGAUCCACUUUUACUGCGUUUUCUCUGACCAAAUCUCGAUUCAAAGCUUGGAUACCUUGUCCCAACACCGACAAAAGAUUGUCCGAUGCUCCGCCACUGUCCUUCGUCUAGCUAACGACCUUGGAACUUCGCCGGAUGAAUUGGCGAGAGGAGACGUUGUAAAAUCGGUCCAAUGUUACAUGCAUGAGACCGGAGCUUCAGAGGAAAAGGCACGUGAGCAUGUGCAGCAGAUGAUUAGUGACACGUGGGACGACAUGAACUUCGAAACAAAAACGGCAUGCAAUUCUUCGUUGCUUUCUAGAGGUUUUGUGGAAGCUGCAAUGAACUUAGCACGAAUGUCGCAAUGCAUGUAUCAAUAUGGCGAUGGUCAUGGAUUUCCCGACAAAGCCAAGACUGUUGGUCGUGUCCGAUCCUUACUCGUUGAUUCAAUCCCAUUAGAUUGAUUAUAUACUAUAUUUGAUGUGAUCAUCAACAAAAUAGAAAGUCAUACAUUCAAGAGUGAAGAUAUAAAAAGUAUCAUUUCUUUGUAUGAAGCAUCGUAUCUCUCCAACAAAUCGGAUACUAAAUUGCAUAAAGUCAUCAAACCUUUUCCAACAGAACAAAUCAGAAAAUUUGCUGGAGAGAUACGAUGGUUCAUACAUUAGAAAUGCCGUACCACUGGGGAACGAGAAGGCUAGAGACGAGAUGGUACGUAGAUGCAUAUGAGAAGAACCAUGACAUGAAUCUUGUCUUAAUCUAACUCGCUAAAAUUGAGAUCAAUACCGUACAAACUGCUCAUUAAGAAGAUCUCAAAUAUGUUUCAAGGUGAUAUAAAGUCAUGUAAGCAAUUUAUAGAGCUGGUUUUGCA